AUGAAGCCGGUAUAUCUUCCAAACUUCGUUAUCGCCCUCGUCCGGACCCCACGCCUACCUCCGACAUUCGCACAAUUCGCCGUUCCCUUAAGUCUUAACAAACUUGACCUAAAAAACUACCUAAAAAAUGCAUACGGUAUCAAAGUCCUCGGUGUUAGAUCGUCCAUACGGCAGCAGCCGGUCGAGAUAGAACAGCAAGGAGGGGCACGGCGUUAUGUCCGGAAACAGGCAGAGAAGAGGAUGAUCAUUGAGAUGGAGGAGCCAUUUGUAUGGCCGGAAGAGCCACAGGAUUUGACGAAAUUCGAUAAUCAACUCUACAAGAAUAUCGAGAAGUUUAGAGAGGACAUGCGAGAGAAAGGCAUGGAUGGAAAGAGAAACAGACUUGCGGAAAGCAAAACAAGAAGGAGGUUAUCGCUUGCCGUUCAGGAAAUGCGUAAUGGCCAGGCGGAGGUUCCUAGCGAGGAAGCACCGAAGGAAGAACUCACCGACCUUGACUUCGCUACAGCUGCCGGGGAAGGACAAAAUAAAUCGUAA